CGGCAGCCGGCUCCGGGACCGGACCGGGACCCGGAACCGGACCGGGAAGUGCCAGCGGCGGCGGUGGCCGGUCUGGCGGGCCGUUCCGCGGACCCUGCGGUCGCCAUCUUCCCUGAUGGAAGCAGAGUUCCCCUGAAGUCUGAAAUCAACAUUAAAACCACCGUAGAAGAAGAGUGGAAUAAUAAACAUGGCGGCGCCCUGAUAUCUAUAGCAGACAGGAGGAUUUCUGAAUUUAAAGAGCAGACUUUCUGGAGGUUCUGGAGGUUCUGCCGGUCGUGGUUCUGGAUGCAGGGCACCAGGCCCGUGGUGGAGCUGGUCCGUCUGGGUCUGGUCUCCUACCAGGAGGCUCUGAGGCUGCAGCAGGUCUACGUGGACCGGCACCGGUCCGGUCCGGCUCACGCUCUGCUGCUGUGCGAGCACCCCCCCGUCUACACCACGGGGAUCCGGCACCAGCCGUACCCUGGACCCGAGCUGGACCGGCUCCGGCUGCUGGGGGCCGAGGUCCACCGCUCCAACCGGGGCGGACUCAUCACCUUCCACGGGCCGGGCCAGCUGGUCUGCUACCCGGUCCUACACCUGGGCAGCUUCAAGAAGAGUGUCCGCUGGUAUGUGUCUCAGCUGGAGGACGUCAUCAUCAACGUGUGCAGACGUCUCGGAGUCUCGUCCUCCAGGUGUCCUCCUUUCAAUGGAGUCUGGGUCCAGGACAACAAGAUCUGCUCCAUAGGAGUCCACUGUGGCCGCUACGUCACCUCCCACGGUCUGGCUCUGAACUGCUCCACGGACCUGUCCUGGUUCGACCACAUCGUGCCGUGUGGGGUGGAGGGGAGAGGAGUCACGUCUCUGAGCGCUGAGCUGCAGCGGGAGGUCAGCGUGGAGGAGGCCACCCCGCACCUCCUCCACUGCUUCAGCACCUCCUUCAGCUGCAGCCUGGUUCACCGGGACCAGGAGGAAGGAGGAGACGCGAAACCACUUCCUCUGUGAAAAUAAAACCAGAUCUGAACUGA